CUUUUUUGCACGUCUUUUCAUAAUAAGCAAAAAAGUCGAAAAAUAAGCCAUAUCCAAACCACCACCUAGACAAUCGACUUAUUGUGUUGGUGGAGAGCAAUUAUAUGAGGAGGACUUGGGUUCUCAUUGUGUGUAAGAGUGAAACCAAACCGUGUGUGAGUGAGAAGAGUCAUAAGGCUGUGUGUACUCAGCCUAGCGUCUAGGUGUUUGGUUGAUGUGAGUGCAUGGUGUGAUGUGAUAUUAAAGUGACCAGCAAGAUGUGUGCGCAACAUUGAGAUACAAACAAGUGUGAGAAGUGUUGUGUACAAUUAUCUUGUAUAUUUGAGUGUUAUUAAUAAAAAUUGUAUAAUUUUUGGUUCCACUAGUAUGUCAAACUCAACAAAGCAUGGACUCAAGUUGUAAACAUUUUACACCUUGUACCAAUCAAAAAAUGCUUUUGAAAUAAACGCUAAUGAUUACUAGAGAAUUUCUCCAAGGAAAUGUCAAAGUUCAAUGAACAAAAUGCCACUAUAAUAAUAUGAUAAAGAGAAAAGCAUGGUCUACGAAUGAAUUAGUAUUGAUGAAACCUUUAGUUCGUUAGUAAUUAAUUAGAAAAAAAAUAUUUCACACUACAACUCUUUGUUCGCAAAGUCAAGGCGGUCAUGAACUAGCUGGUACGCUCACUAUAAAAUAGCACAUACCGUUGUUCAAAUCAUGCACUGCCAAUCUUCUUUUUCUUUACUCUCUUUGUUUCUUCUCUGUUUUGUUCUACAAUGGCCUUUUCUCAACUCUCUCUUUCGUUCGUGUUUGCAACUUUUCUUCUCUUGCAAUCUCAAGGGGAAGCAGCAACGUGCAGCGACUGUUUCACUCAUUCUCGAGCAGCUCACUAUCCAAAUUCUGAUGAACAUGGAACAGAAACUGGGAGAUGUGGCUUUGGUACAUUCGGAGCAACAAUCAAUGGUGGGGAUGUAUCAGCAGCAUCUGAUCUCUAUCGUGAUGGUGUAGGCUGUGGUGCUUGCUACCAGGUCAGGUGCACCAACAGUAACUAUUGUUCAGACAAAGGUGUGACUGUAGUUGUAACUGACCAUGGUUCGAGUGAUCGAACUGACUUCAUUCUGAGCCGGCGAGCCUUUGGUCGGAUGGCUCAGACUACCAAUGCAGCAGCAUCUCUUCUAGACCUUGGUGUGGUUGAUAUUGAAUAUAGACGUGUGGCAUGCAGCUACCCAAGCAAAAAUAUAACUUUCAAGAUAGAUGAGAAUAGCAACUACCCUAAUUACCUGGCUUUUGUCAUAUGGUAUCAACAAGGCAUAAAGGAUAUCACUGCUGUGCAGCUCUGCGAGACACAAAAUCUUGUGUGCAAGCUAUUGGAUAGGAGUUAUGGAGCAGUGUGGACAACUACAUCUCCCCCAAGUGGUCCCCUGUCUAUAAGGAUGCUAUUUAGCGGUGAUGAUGGUGAUGAGACGUGGUUUAUUUCGGUUAAUAACAUACCGGAAGAUUGGAAACCUGGAAAUACAUAUGACUCAGGAGUACAAGUGAACUAAUGGUCAAACACAUGGAAGACUCUGAUGUUCAUUGAUUACAUAAUUAUAGAACUGAAAUAAACCCCUGUGGCUUUCCAUUGGUUGUUCUUUU